GAAACAGAGAGAGAGAGAGAGAGAGAGAGAGAGAGAGAGAGAGAGAAAGCUGUAGAUGUAGAGAGAGAAAGACACAGAGAUCGUAUAUACACAUAUAUCUAUCUAUCCAUCUACAUUCACAGAAAUCUUAUGGUUGAUGACGAUGGACCGAGAAAAGGAGAGAGAAACAGAGCUAGAGAGUGCGAUGUACACCAACUGUUUAUUAUUAGGGCUUGAUCCGUCGAUCAUCAACGGAGCCAAUAACGGUGCUCCUCGUGUCGGCAAUUUCCGUCACUCAAACCCUAAAUUAGGCGAACAGCUGUUAUACUUCAUAUUAUCCUCUCUCAGAGGUCCAAAAGAUUUUGAUAAAGUGUGGCCGAUUUUCGAUUCGACUCAGUCUCGAGAUUUUCGGAAGGUUGUGCAAAGUAUUAUAAGUGAGCUUGAAUCGCAAGGGGCGCUUCCGAGGAGUAAUUCGAGGGUUUCGUCCCUGGCUACGUGUUGUGGACCGAGAUUUGUGGAACUAUUAUGGCAACUUUCUUUGCAUGCUUUACGAGAAGUUCACCGACGAACAUAUGCAGCCGAUGUAGCCUCAAAUCCACUUCCAGCUUCACUGACUGAUGUGGCUUUCUCACACGCAGCUACUCUUCUUCCUGUGACAAAGGCGAGAAUAGCUCUAGAGAGAAGAAGGUUUCUAAAAAACGCUGAAACAGCAGUGCAGAGACAGGCUAUGUGGUCAAAUUUGGCCCAUGAAAUGACAGCAGAGUAUCGUGGUCUUUGUGCUGAAGAGGCAUAUUUGCAGCAAGAGUUGGAGAAGUUACAUGAUCUGAGGAACAAAGUAAAGAUGGAAGGUGAACCAUGGGAUGAACUUGUAUCUAGCUCAAGUCAGAAUUCUCACCUGGUUCAGCGAGCCACUCGUUUGUGGGAUUCUUUAUUAUCCCGUAAAAGUCAACAUGAAGUUCUUGCCUCUGGCCCAAUUGAGGACUUGAUAGCACAUCGGGAGCAUCGGUACCGUAUAUCGGGAUCAUCACUUCUUGCAGCUAUGGAUGAAAGCACUCAACUCUCUUCUAGUGAUCCUGACAAAGAACAAACAGAUAGAUCACAACUGAAGAUAAACGGAGAAAACGCGAACUCGUCGGAUGAAAAAACAGAUAGAAGUGGAAGAGGUCAGCCCACAGUUGAUAUUGCAGAAGUCUUGAGGCGGUGGACUCAUGCCCUACAGCGUAUACAUAAACAGUCACUUCACCUGGCAAAAGCAAAUGAUGGUGAAGGUCCGGAUCUUCUCAGAAGCGCAAAUGAUGGUGGUACAAGUGGUCAUGCUGAGUCGUUAGCUGCAACACUUGCUGAACACCGACAACAUUUAGCUAGCAUACAGGUUCUUGUUAAUCAAUUGAAAGGCGUUGCACCAGUUAUACAAAACUCAAUAUCCGAGUUGACUGAGGAAGUCAACAAUAUCUCCACAAAGCUUCCUCAACCGACACAUCACCACGGUAGAUCCACCUCACCCGUUCAAGCACAAAGCACGGGAAGGACAAUGGAAAGUAGCAGCGAUGAAGUCACAGAUGUUACGUCAAGAUUAUCAUCAGUCCACAUUGAUAAAGUUUCGUCUAGUACUGCUGCGUUAAAACUACCGCCUCUAUUUAGUUUGACACCAAAUUCAACUGCGAAAAGCGGGAAUUUCUACAAGAGACAGACUCAAUCUCAGAACAACCACUUAGAAAACGUUUCCGAAAAGUUGCCUCAUGAACAAACCGUAUCAAAUAACCAAGUAAAUACACCACAAACAGACAAUGAGAACGAUUAUAUCCGUAACUUAAAGAAAUCUGUAAGAGAAGCAGCUUUAUCAACACAGGCCAGCAAUAUGAGCCAGUUACAAGAUAAUCAAUCUGACGACGGAUCUGAACAUUUCUUCGUUCCCCUUUCGGGAACUGGGUUUUCGUGGCCCCGCCCCGAAAAGAAACCCACUUCAUCGAGAAGUAAACAGCUUUUUGCCUCUGAAUCAAAAGGUUCUUCGGUGGAUAACCGUGUUUCGGAUGGGACGAAAUAUAUUGAGUCACUGGAUAUGGUGAAUGAAUAUGACGGGGUGAAUGCUUUUAUGUCUGCUGCUGCUUCGAGUUAUGCGGAUAGUGAAGGACGAUUGUCGUUUUACGAUGUGGAGGAAACUCAUGAUCAAGUCUUUUCGCCUCCAUUUCUAAUGGAUGCAUCUCUGUCUGCUGAGUCGUUUGAGGAUUUACUUGCACCUCUAUCAGAAACUGAAGCGGCGUUAAUGGAGCAUUAAUAGGAAAUUUAAGUGUGGUUGGUGGUGUUGUAUUGUUGAGAUGAUAUAGUUUCUAUAAUUGGUCUAGUUUUGGGUUGUGAUAUUAUUCUCUCUACUAAUCAUUUGGAUAUAAAUGGUGCUUUUGUGCUCGAUGCAUUCAUCAACUGGCUCACAUUACCAACAUCAAGGUCCAUCAACUGGCUCGUAGUCACCGUCUUUGUUGGAUCUUGGCAUAUAGCUGAUAUAAUACACACGGUAGUUAUCGGUUCAUGUUGUUUGUGAGAUUAAGGAUGGCAGGCACUGUAAAGUCAACCAAUGUUGUUGACCAACUGGCAACUUAACAUGGAAAGAUGUUGGAUAUGUGAAGCUUUUGGUGAAGAUUGGAGUUGUAAAAUCUGGUUGAUUCUUUAGUUGGGUAAUCUUAGAAGUCAAUGUAAAAGAAGAGAAAUGGUAUCAAUCCCCAUUCUUUGUUUCUUGUUAUUAAUUGUUUAUGAAUUUAUGUCACUGCCUUCCUUUUGUGCUUAAUUUUCUUCCAUAUUGUGUCCUCA